AGUCUUCAGGCAAUCUAGGGGAAUGCGGUACUUAUUACCAUCAAUUUUACAAGACCGAAUGGGAUGUAUACCUUGCAGCGGAAAAGUAAAAAUACGGAACGGCCUAUGUAAGCUCUGGAGUACAACUGUCAGUGAUGCUGAGUGAACGAACUCCCACGUCAACCACAAGCUGGAACAAGUCAGGACAUGUCGCUGAAGAUACAAAUACC